AUGUAUACUAGCAAGUAUCAAAUCCAACUAGCAAAUUUGCUACAUGACAGUAGGAACAAUAAUUGGUGCUCAGAUUGCCACAACUACAAUCCACAAUGGUGCUCCACUACUUAUAAUGUGUUCAUCUGCACGAGAUGCGCAACCAUUCACCGAAAGGUACUGAACAGGGAGCCUUAUUCGUCCAAUAUAAAGUCCAUCACCCUUGAUAGAUGGACCAAUGAAGAACUGCAUCAGUUUAUCAAUGGUAAUACCCAGAACAUACCCUUGACAAUUAAUAAAAUCAUGUCAACAUCAUCGGAUGAUCCAUAUGACUUGGAGCAACUUGUGAAACGUAAAUACAUGGAUCCGAUGGUUAGAGAAAAUGACUCGUCUGGCGAACGGAUGUAUUCCAGUACCAUCUACCCGGUAUUAACUGGAAGAAUGGCUAAAGAUUACGAGUUGAGCAAAUUCUCUUCGCAUAUAAAACAGAUCCAGAAUAAAUCAUCUACAUUCUAUUCGGUUGAUAAUAUAGUUGAAGCUUUGUCUUUGACACAUGGUAACAUAUUUGAAGCAAUGAAGAUAUUGAGAUAUAAUAAAGACAGAGAUCAUCGCAGUGACCAACCGCAUAACCAUGAUAACGACCUUCCCCCUCCCAAACUCCCAAAAAGACCGGACAAUAGUUUGAGACCUGCGGUAUUUGAUGGUUUCAGCGGUGGUAACACUACCGGAAAUGCUUCUUUACCUCCACAACCUAAGCCUGCCAUUUUUGAUGGUCUAAAUUUGGCACCUACAGCAAUGGAAUACAAUAAUACCGGUUAUACUAAUCCAACGCAGGGAUUGAGCCAAAAUAAUACUUUUGGUAACAACACUACCAGUAAUAUUUACGGAUUUCAAAAGCCAACUCAGCAAUCAGCACAGCAAACUAUACCGAUACAACAAUUCAUGUCUGCACAACCAACACAUUCAGAUCCUCUAGUUUCCCUCCAUCAGCAGCAGCAGCCGUUGGCCCAAGAGGUGCCAUUCCAGCAGCAGCAGUUUGUUCAACAAGCACCUAUUCAACAGCAACAAGCGCAGUUUAUGUUGCAACAGUCUCAACUUUCGGGGCAGAGUGCGUUGGCUUCGCAGCAGCCAAUGUUCAUACCAAACACUCCCAAUUCGAUCCAUGGACAGCCUACUUUUCCAAAUGCGCAACCCCAACAACCCUUUUAUCAGGCACCAUUUUGA